CCGUUUCAUGUUGGUUCAUAUACCUUCUAUGUGAAACCCAUGAAACUCCAAACCCCAGCGAACCCCCAACGAACCUGACCUCCUCUCUCUCGCUCACCUUCGCCUGCGCGUCGCCGGCGAUUCUUCCAGGCUCGCCGGAGUUUCGUGCCGUUCCUUUCUCUGUUUCGGUGCUGCUGUGUCCUUUCUUCGCUCUCCUUAAGGUUCGAUUCCCUCCUUAGCUCGCGCUGCUCGACGCUGCCCUUACGUCGUCCCGCGCCACCUUGUCGUCGCCGGUGCUACUGUGCGCUUGGUGCUGCCGCUUAUCUAAGGUGAUCUUGUUGGUGUUGUGUUGUUAUUGUUGUUGCUGCGUCGUUGCCGAAGCUUCGAAAUCUCCCUCUCAACCCUCUGUUUCUCGAUUCUUCGCUGAUCCUGAUAGAGCAGAGCUUUCGGUUUCAUUGAAGAGUCGUUUAGACCGAGAUAGUUGUUUAACUGUGAUUCGAAAAGGAGGCAAUAUUUCGUGUAUUGGCUGCUAAUCUCCAUUUGGGUAAUGUGGGAUUUUCUCCUGGUAAAGAAUAUGACUCCUCAAAGAUAAAGGAUCCGACAUCUAGCUUCCAUCUUCAGAUGGCCGCUGAUCUUUUAGAAUAUGCUAUGUGGAAUCAAGUAUUGGUCAAUUGGGACGGAUUUGGGCUCCUGGCCUAAUACAUACUCUCAUUUCCGAACUCCUUAUGGUUGAAGAUCAAUGGAAUUUGCCGAUGGUUUCCUACCAACUAGUGUGUGUGUGUGCGCGCGCGCGCUCUGUUAGAGGUCCUUAACAGUCCCUUUUAUGUUUCCAAUGGUGGUCUGUUUUUGCACUUGCUUGGAUAAUUUGUGCUCUGAAUCUACAGUUUCGAGCAGUUCUGUAUCAACUUUGCAAAUGAGAAGCUCCAGCAACACUUUAAUGAGCAUGUUUUUAAAGUGGAGCAGGAAGAGUAUAAUAGAGAAGAGAUCAAUUGGAGCUACAUUGAAUUUGUUGACAAUCAGGAUGUUCUUGACCUCAUAGAAAAGAAACCAAUUGAGAUCAUUGCUCUUCUGGAUGAAGUUUGUAUGUUUCCAGAAUCAAUACAUGAGACAUUUACCACCAAGCUAUUCCAACAGUUCCCAUCACACCCAAGGUCGGAGAAGGACUAUGUUCCUGUCCGAAGAUCUCUCUUCAAUCCAAAGAGUGGCGGUGAUGGUGAUGGUGAUGCAGCUGAUGAUAUGAUCCACUGGAAAGGUUUUCAACAGACUUUGCAGCCCACUCAAAUGAGUAUUUCCUUCAACAUGGGUUCUCCUGCAAGACUAUUGUGCAUAGCUCAGGUUGUCAUUAAAUCUCUAAAGAACAAAUUUGGAAGCGGUUUACUUUAUAGAUAUCUCUCUGAUCGAGAGUGUCUCAAGGUUGAGAAAGCCUUGAAGGGGGUCAUAAUCGAAAUCCUGCACUGGAAAUCCCGGAAACAAUACAAGGCUUUAGGCUUAUCAGCUCAACCAUCAAACCAGUUGACGUUUGCCCUAUCUGGCGUGACUCAAGAGUCUGUUCCUCAGUUUUUCCUGAUGAAGUAUAAACUCAUGCUUCCAUGCUACCUUUCGUGUCUUGAGGUUGGAAGUAGCAGACAUCCAAUAUAUUUACCCGUGGAGGUAUGUGAAACGGUUGAAGCCCGAAGAUGUCCAAAGAAAUUGAAUGGUACUCUUGUGUUCUAUCUGGUGAAUAAUUGUGCAAUUUCUCCAUUGAAAAGAGCUGCUGCUAUUGAUAUCGUAAGGACACAUUCUUUCAAGUUGCUUGGUGGGGUAGGAGACAGUAGCUGUCCAUCAUCUAUUGCUGCGAAAGAAAAUUGUCCGCCAGGAAUUCAGAAUCUAGGAAAUACAUGCUUCCUUAAUUCUCUUUUACAGGCAUUGGCGAGUUGCAGACUGAAUUGGCAACUUCCUAGCUUUUGUACAUGUGUUGCACAACAUUGUUUAUACAUUCAAUUUGGUGAGACGAUUGAGAAGAUUCUCAAUCAUACUGCAGGACCUAUUAGACCAAGCAGUAUUAUUCAUCUUUUACAUGAUGUGUUAUCAUCAUAUGUCAUUGGUCAACAAGAAGAUUCGUCUGAAUUAUAUGUGAAGUUGUUAUCCAAAUCCUGUUUUAAACGAUUGAGAGACUUCUUCACAUUAUAUCGGAGUGGUUACGAGGUUGAAGAUAUCCACUUUAUCCUCGAAUUGCAAGAUGGAACCACUUCGAGUUCUGUUCAACAUUUACUACAGGGGACAGUAUUUUCCAAAUGUCCUCAGAUCUUGACCUGCUAUGUUGGAUACAGUUUCAAGGAAAACGGGGAAAAACUAAAAAGAAACCUAGUUUGUGAACGUCAUUUAACUCUCCGUUCUUCUAGCAACGGCGUUGAAAUUGGAGUUAGGUAUCAAUUUGUAGCGGCUGUGAUUCACACGGGACAGUGUUUUACCAUGGGUCACUAUUUUACUGUUGCAGCUGUUGGAGACGACAUAUUCAUGCUUUUUGAUGAUGAAACCGUAAAAGUGUUUGAUCAAGAACUUCAUUUUGAUGAGGCUUAUAUGUUGUUCUACAAGAAAAUGGCUGUGCCAGUAGAAGUCCCCGUCGAGAGUUUCUCAUUACGGAGGUCUGGGAGGACUAGGCGUCAUCCUGUCCAUUUCCGUGUCCCUAUAGUGACUGGUUGCGGAUGUGGCUGUUUGGCUUCUAGGACCAGACGCCGCCGUAGGACCACACAUCGUCCGUCUCUGCAUCCUGUAGCUGACACGGAGUUGAGGCGAGAUGACUUUGAAACGGGUAUGCCAGUAGAGAGUUUCUCGUUACGGAGGUCUGGGAGGACUAGGUGUCAGCCUGUCCAUUUCCGUGUUCCUAUUGGCGAGCGUGUCCGCUUGGAUUCUAGGCCGACUUCUGCUCCACUUGCAGAUCUUGCCGGGGGAUUCCCGGUGCGCAGACGUAGGUCAUCUAGGACCACGCGUCGUCAGUUUCAGUGUCUCGUAGCUGACACAGAGGUGAGGCCCGAUGAACUUGAAACGGUAGAGAGUUUCUCGUUACGGAGGUCUGGGAGGACUAGGCGUCAGCCUGUCCGUUUCCGUGUUCCUAUUGGUGAGCGUGUCCGCUUGGCUUUUAGGAUCAGACAUCGCGAGCCUGCCUCUUCACUUGCAGAUCUUGCCGGGGGAUUCCCGGUACGCAGACGUAGGUCAUCUAGGGCCACACGUCGUCUGCGUGAGGAUCUUGCAGUUGACACGGAGUUGAGGCCUGAUGAGCUUGAGACGGUUGCGUCGCUUGUUCUUUUGGGCGUUGACUCCACUAGAAGGCCUUGUUGAGGAUUUUUCGUUACACAGGUCUCCAGUAGUCGACAACCUAUUUUUGUGCCUACGCCCAAGUGAAGUUCAUGCUCGCCUGCGCCAUUUAGCUCGUUUGAUCGUUCUCUUAGACUUCUUGGAUAUAAAGAAGUGAUCAGUACUUUUGUACAUUUUUUUUAUGUAAAAUUUUGUACAUUUUUUUUAUGUAAAAUUUUGUACAUUUGUGGUAUUACUGAUAUACAUGUUUUUGUGGUC